GCAUAUCAUGAAAGUUUACUUUCACUGUUUCUGAAGACAAAGAAGCACAGGAACUACAGCAUGGGAAGAAAAUCUCUGUGCCUUCUGAUUGCGGGGAUCUUUGUGGCAUACUACAUUCGUAUACCUCUCCCAGAAAAUUUAGAGGAGCGGGUGAACACAUACAUGAAAACUUUUGUACAUUUGGCUACAUUUAUUGAGCUGCUGGGACUUCAUCAUUUAAUGGAAUCCCUUGCGACUAUUGUAAGCUUUGAUGAAGUCCCACCAACUUCAGAUGACAAUGUCACUGUGACUGAGAUGCAAUUCAACAACAUUCCUGUUCACGUAUAUGUGCCAAAGAGGAAGUCAGAAGCACUAAGAAGGGGAUCGUUUUACAUCCACGGUGGUUUGGGAAGUGCUGCUUUACGUUAUUAUGACUUGCUGUCAAGAUGGACAGCAGAGAGGCUUGAUGCUGUCGUCAUAUCCACCAACUACAGAUUAGCACCUAGGUAUCAUUUCCCAAUUCAAUUUGAAGAUGUAUAUGAUGCUUUACGGUGGUUCUUACGUACAGAAGUGCUGGCAAAAUACGGCGUGAACCCGGAAAGAAUUGGUAUUUCUGGAGAUAGUGCAGGAGGGAAUUUAGCUGCAGCAGUGACGCAACAGCUUUUAGAUGACCCAGAUGUCAAGAUCAAACUCAAGAUCCAAGUUCUAAUUUAUCCUGCCCUUCAGCCUCUUGAUUUUGAUUUACCCUCAUAUCAAGAAAAUCCACAGUUUCCACUUCUCUCCAAAUCACUCACGGUCAGGUUCUGGAGUGAAUAUUUUACUACAGAUAGAUCACUUGAGAAAGCUAUGCUUUCCAACCAACACAUACCUGUGGAAUCCAGUCAUCUCUUCAAGUUUGUUAAUUGGAGUUCCUUGCUCCCUGAGAAGUUUGUAAAAGGACAUGUUUAUAACAAUCCAAUUUAUGGUAGUUCUGAGCUGGCUAAAAAAUAUCCAGGGUUCCUGGAUGUGCGGGCAGCCCCGCUGUUGGCUGAUGACAGCAAAUUGCGUGGUUUACCCCUGACCUAUGUCAUCACUUGUCAAAAUGAUGUCUUAAGAGAUGAUGGAGUCAUGUAUGUCACCCGCCUUCAGAAUGCUGGAGUUCGAGUGACCCAUAACCACAUUGAGGAUGGAUUCCAUGGAGCAUUUUCAUUUCUAGAAUUUAAAAUUAGUUCCAGGAUCAUAAAUCAGUAUAUUAUUUGGCUAAGGGAAAAUCUAUAGUGAAAUCUGUAUCCACAAUAUAUUCUUUAAAAAAAAAAAUA